GAUUUUUGAAAAUGAUUAUUCCAAAUUUGUCCCUUUUCGCCGCUCCUUCCUUUCUACCUUUUUCCGUCUUUAAUAUUCCUCUGACUCAUAAUCCUUCCGCGUUAAGUUUCUUCUUCUUAUCGAAUUCCUCUGAUUUUUUCAAACAGCAACCAAACAGAGCGUGAAAUAGCGAGGCACGAGAGAAGAGAUCUGAUGGCGGAAGAGCACAGAUGCGAAGCUCCAGAAGGCCACCGGCUCUGCGCUAACAACUGCGGCUUCUUCGGCAGCCCGACCACCAUGAACCUCUGCUCCAAAUGCUACGGAGAGUUACAUCACUCUUCCUCCAAAUCCUCCAUGGAAAUUGCUCUCUCCUCCUCCUCCUCUUCUACUUCUUCUCCACCGGCUACCGUGUCUCUUCCUCCUCCUCCUCCUUCUCCUCCAGCGUUGACCUUGCCGGAGGUCGCCAAAGAUAUACGGACACAGGCGGUUGUAUCCCGAGGCGAUGACGUGGCGGUGGUGGCCCAACCGAAUCGGUGUUUCACGUGCCGGAGACGGGUCGGGUUGACCGGGUUUAGGUGCAGGUGUGGGACCACUUUCUGCGGGGUCCACAGGUACCCGGAGAAGCACGGGUGCACGUUCGAUUUCAAGUCGAUUGGGAGGGAGGAGAUCGCGAGGGCUAAUCCUGUUGUGAAAGCCGAGAAGCUGGAGAAGAUUUAGUUUAAUCAGGACCGCCUGAUCUUAUGACUGGAUGAAUUUGAUAAGCCUUGCUGCUACAUGACCCACGCGCGUUGAUCACGAGCUCCUCUUCUGUACGGAGUUUUAAUGGGUAUUUUCUCUUUGAUGUAAUUUUUAAUUAAGUUUUAUGUGGCUUUUUGCUUGUAAAAAGAAAAAGAAAAUCUUUAUCAUGGUAUCGAAAUGCACGUACAUCUGGAUUCUUCCUUUGUAUUUUCCAA